AUGCCCAACUCGACGGCAUACGAGGAGGAGAGAAUCAACUUCUGGGACAAGAGGUCGAACCUAGACCCCGCCUGUAUCUUUCUUCCUGAGACGGCAGACGCGGUGGCUGAUGGAGUCGCCAUAUUUCAUAAAGAAAAAGCCCAGUUCGCUGUCCGCGGAGGUGGGCAUAUGAAUUACCCUGGUUCAAAUAGUGUUGACGGCGGAGUACUCGUUGGCCUAAAUGGUCUCACCGACAUCAAAGUCAACACAAACCAAAGUCGCAUCGAAGUUGGUCCCGGGAACAAAUGGGUCGAUGUUUAUGAGUCUCUCGCUCCGUCUGGGCACUACACCAUCGGUGGCAGGCUCAAGACCAUUGGAGUACCUGGCCUGAGCUUGAUCGGUGGUGUCGGCUACUUCUUGAAUAAGUACGGCUUCACGAUGGACAACGUCGUGAACUACGAUGUGGUCCUGGGCAACGGAACGCAGGUGGUGGCUAAUGAGACAUCUAACCCCGGUCUAUUCUGGGCCUUGAAGGGUGGCGGCAGCAACUUCGGUAUUGUCACCAAGUUUGUCUUCAAAACGUAUCACAUCCCACAAGUCAGCAGCACCUAUCAGAUCUUCGACGACUCACAAGCCCACGACUUUAUCCGAGCUGCCUGCUCCAUGAUUCUUUCGGAAGACGGUGCAGUCGGUGCUGGUGCCGUGAUCAACAUCAACUAUAACGUGACUACAAAAAAGGCUACCCCUCAGGUUUUUGGCCUCGAAGAGUCAACAACAUCCCCGCCACCUCGUUUUAACUCAUUUAGCUCUCUUCCAGCUGUGAGCCGCAGGAAUGCUGUCAUGCGACCGGUUGAUUGGCACUCUCAGAUGGAGACUCCCAAUCAGAUGUUCAGAGUACAAUUCGGCCAUCACACGAUCAAGCCCGAUGCCGAGCAGCUUAUCUACAUCUACGACCAGUGGAUAGCCGCCAUCGAAGAAGUUGCGGAGAUUCCAGGCAUUUGGCCAACGUUCAUUCUUAACUUCGCACCUAAGUCCGGCGCUGCAGUAGCCAAGCGCAAUGGUGUUGGAAAUACUUUUGGUCUUGAUGAUAAGCAAUCAUAUAUCUGGUGGCAGUUCACAACCUCUUGGGCGAACGAAGAAGACGACCUGCGAGUUACAGCUUGGCAUCAGCACCAACUCAAACGCUUGCACGAGAUGAACAAGCAGAAGGGUUUGGCUUCCGACUUCCUUUACAUGGGUGAUUCUGGUGAAUGGCAAGAUUCAAUCUCCACCUAUGGAGAUCGCAACAUUCAGAAGAUGCGCAAGAUUAGGGACCUCUACGAUCCUGAUCUCACUUUCACGAAGCUGAACUGGGGAGGUUUCAAGCUUGGGUACUAA